CUUUCCCGCAUGCGAGCGAACAGCCGCAUAGAACGCAGUACCCAUGGCCGCUGCGCCGGCUGGCGGUCUAGGUCUGCAUUCCAAAAUUUCAGCGGCAUAUCUUUUGCCGCAGAUGUUAUAGUUCCGAUUAACGCGCUGGAACUUAAGCGUGGCAACGGUGCUAUCCCGCUGACUCCGCUUCCCUUGCUACUCUAGACGACCGUGCCUCCAGUGAGUCAAACGACUAAAUUUUCCACCAUUAUUAUCUGCUCUGUCUUCUUCUACGCUACUCCCCUCCUUUUCUUCCAUUUUUUUGGUUUGAUCUGCUGUUGCCUCUUGCUUCGACCUCCAGCCUCGACUUCCUAACUCCACAUCUAUGCUGGGGAUGGAUUGGUGGCUGUUAGGGCAUCGCAAGGACCUUCGGCAGAGAACCUAAACUAAUAGAUAUAUUGAUUGUGUUCUUAAGUAAUGGAAGAAUACUGGGAUGGAAGCUAUGAUGCCAGUAGGCACUCUGAUGAAAGCUGUCAUGAAAAGCUGCACGUCGAGCCUAUUUAUGAGUCAUUUCUCUGUCCACUGACAAAACAAAUCAUGCGAGAUCCUGUUACCAUAGAAAAUGGGCACACUUAUGAGAGAGGGGCAAUUAUGAAAUGGUUUAGGGAGUGCAGGGACAGUGGAAGGAGGCCUGUUUGUCCAUUAACAUUACAAGAAUUGACUAGCACGGAUUUAAAUCCCAGCAUUGCUCUGAGGCAUACCAUUGAGGAAUGGACACAAAGAAAUGAUGCUGCUCAACUUGACAAUGCUUGCAGAUCCUUGAGCCCUGGUAGCUCAGAAAGUGAUAUUUUACAAGCAUUAGAUUACAUCAUAAGAAUUUGCCAUAAAAGCAGGUUGAAUAAGCAUGCUGUGCGAAAUGCGGAUCUAAUCCCUAUGAUCUCAGAUAUGCUAAAAAGUACUAGCAUAAAAGUUCGCUGCAAAUCCCUGCAAACUCUUUGUGUAGUUGCUGAAGAUGAUGAUGAAAAUAAGGAAGUUAUCGCCGCAGGGGACAUUGUUCGGACAAUUGUGAAGUUUCUAUCACAUGAUCACUCUCAGGAGAGAAAAGAAGCAGUGUCCCUGCUUUUUGAACUUUCGAAAUCUGAAUCUCUUUGUGAAAAGAUUGGUGGAGUCAAUGGAGCUGUACUUAUAUUGGUUGGUUUGGCAAGUAGUAAGUCAGAAAAUGUCUUGACUGUUGAGAAAGCUGAAAAGACAUUGGAGAAUCUGGAGAAAGAUGAAAAAAAUGUGAGGCUAAUGGCUGAAAAUAGCAGGCUAAGACCCCUUCUGACACGAUUGCUUGAAGGCCCACCUGAGACACAGCUGUCCAUGGCUGCAUACUUGGGGGAACUUGUUUUAAGCAAUGAUGUCAAGGUAUUUGUAGCCCAAACAGCUGGCUCUGCCCUUGUUGAUGUCAUGAAGUCAGGUAGCAAGCAAGCUGUUGAAGCUGCACUUAAGGCACUGAAUCAGAUCUCAUCACAUGAGGCAAGUGCAAAGAUACUCAUCGAAGCUGGAAUCCUUCCUCCUCUUGUCAAAGACCUCUUUAUUGUUGGCACUAACCAGCUUCCAAUGAAAUUGAAAGAGGUGUCUGCAACUGUUCUUGCUAAUAUUGUUGCGUCAGGUGCCAGUUUUGAAUCUAUCCCACUUGAUUCAGGUCACAAAACUCUUAUCUCUGAGGACGUUGUCCACAAUCUUCUCCAUCUCAUCAGCAAUACGGGCCCUGCAAUUGAGUGCAAGCUCCUUCAGGUGCUUGUCGGGCUCACAAGCUCUUCCACAAGUGUCUUAAACAUUGUUUCUGCCAUCAAGAGCUCAGGUGCUACCAUCAGUCUCAUACAGUUUAUUGAAACCCCUCAGAGAGACAUUCGCAUGGCUUCCAUAAAGCUGUUGCAUAAUAUAUCUCCUUACAUGGGGCAGGAACUCUCAGAUGCACUACAGGGCACUGCUGGCCAGCUUGGUAGUUUGAUUAGAGUUAUUGCAGAAAACAAUGGGAUUACAGAGGAGCAAGCAGCUGCCAUCGGGCUCUUAGCUGAACUUCCUGAGAGGGAUUCAGGUUUGACCAGGCGGCUUCUAGCUGAAGAUGCCUUCUCUAUGAUGAUUUCUAAGAUUUUAAAGAUCCGGCAUGGGGAUAUUCGUGGCAACAGGUUUGUCACCCCUUUUCUUGAAGGGCUGGUCAGGGUUCUCUCUCGGAUUACCUAUCUCUUAGAGAGUGAAUCUGGGAUUGUAGGCUUUGCUCAGGAACAUAAUCUCUCAGCCCUAUUUACUGAUCUCCUUCAAACAAAUGGGAUAGAUAAGGUACAGAUGGCUUCUGCUAUCGCACUGGAGAAUCUUUCACAGCAAUCAAAAAAUUUGACAAGAAUACCAGAGUUCCCCGAACCUGGUAUCUGUGCUUCAAUAUUUCCGUGUUUCAGUAAACAAACAGCUGUGGUUGGGCUUUGCCGCAUCCAUCGUGGUCACUGUUCUAUAAAGGAGAGCUUCUGCCUUCUGGAAGGUAAGGCAGUAGAGAAAUUGAUUGCUUGUCUGGACCACAAUAAUGAGAGAGUGGUGGAGGCAGCACUGGCUGCGCUCUGUACUCUUCUUGAUGAUGGAGUGGAAAUUGAGCAAGGAGUACUUGUUCUUUGUGAGGCGGAUGGCAUCAAACCAAUUCUCGAGGUGCUGCAGGAGAAUCGGACUGAUGUUCUCAGGAAGCGAGCUGUGUGGGCGGUGGAGAGGAUUCUAAGAACAGAGGACAUUGCUUAUGUAAUCUCAGGCGAUCAGAAUGUGGGAACAGCCCUGGUUGAAGCUUUCCGUCAUGGGGACUAUCGAACUAGGCAGAUCGCAGAACGGGCAUUGAAGCAUGUUGACAAAUUGCCUAACUUCUCUGCAAUAUAUCCCAAGGUUGGGGGUUGAUUAGUCUGGUGAACAUCUUUGUCUGGUAUGUAUCUAUAAUAUUUUUUUACAUAACUUUUUUCUUUGCUUGGGUCUUGGGUUACUUUGAUUCUAGAUUUGUUUUAAAUUAUGGCCAGAUUCUCCAUGCUUGUUAAUAUGCUCAUGAUUUGUUCAAGCAUUUUUCACUUGAGAAUCAAGGUGAUUGUUUCUUUCUACAUCAGGAGUGCCACUGAUCUUAGUGAAUAAGUGUACCAAUUUCAAUUUA